AAAUCAGUAGGGUUUGUUGCAACAGUAUUUAAUUGACAAUACUUGAGGAACCUCUAGAGGGCGACAGAACGCUGAUUGUAGUUCAUCAUCUGAGGGGAGAGAUGACGAGGAAGAAGCCGUCAAAACAUGAGGAAGAGGCCAUCGGAGCCAAUUCCGGCGAUUAAACAUGACUUUUUCAGGUUUCAAAUUAAUUUCUACACAUGUCGUCCGACAUUUAUGUUUAUAAGGAGCAUAUAAACAUCUGCCAUGUCUCAACCUGAGCAUCUAAACACAAGCCCUUGGUGCUUGUCUGAAUAUUUGGUUCAGAGAAGGCUGCUUGGCUUUGGGGUGCUGUUGGCCUGGAUGGUCCUCUUCCACUUACUGGUCAAUAUAUGGCUUCUCUGUGUCUUCACAAGCCUCUUAGUGGUCUUAGGUGGAUGGCUCGGAUCUCAGGCUUUCCUGGACUCUGACAAUGUCAUCCAUCUGGAGAGGUUUGUCAAACUAGAGGAGAUCACGUCUAGCGCUGAGAGUGAGCAACAACUGGAAGAUGAAAUCCAGAAUACAGUCGGCAAGAUCAUACGAGACUUUGUCUCCUCGUGGUAUUUAACUGUGUCCAGAGAACAAGAGUUUGAGGACGAGGUGCACAAUGCCAUGAUCUCCAUGGCGAUGGAGCUGAAGGCUCGGGCAGAAAGGUUAGAUAGGAAAUCUUUAAUGCAGAAGGUGUUGGAUCUAUCUGGAUGCCACCUUCAGUGCUACAUGAAUGCCAAGGAAAUCGUGGAUGGAAAUAAAGUUGGGGCAGGUGGUGAUUGCAGUAGUGAAACCAUGCUCUGGGAGGCCUACAGCAAUUUCUGCGUUCCUCAUCCUGCUCUUCAGAGCUCUGCUGUUGAGGUUAAUUACACAAGGGCCAUUGUGGAUCUUCUUUUGCAUGUUCUUGUGCCUCCUCCACAUUUAGAAACCAGAACGGGUAGAUUUGUGGUGGGUGAACUUAUAACAUGCAACGUUAUUCUGCCUUUAAUUGCAAAAUUGUCUGACCCAGACUGGUUAAACAUGUUGAUUGUAAGUUUCUUUACCAAAUCCAGCGAAGCAACCCCAGAACCAGAAACUGUAGAAUUUCAGCCUCCACCACAAGUUGUGUCAAAUCAAGAAAAUGCACAUCAAGAACCUGAGAUUCCUCGUUUCUUGACCUUGAAAGUCAUUCCUGAGACCCCUGCAGUAAUAGAGGCCCCAACACCAGAACUGGCAGCCUAUGAUGUCAUCGACUCCACUGAACUUUAUUCUCCUCAUAAUCUGGAGGAAGACGAACAACGGCCAACAAAACCAUUUCCAUCGGGUUUCGCCCCAAGGGAUUACCUCAGACUUGGCAAGCCCAAUCCAUUUUAUCAAGAAACAGACUCCGAUUUAGACUCCCCUUUGACAGACUUUAAAAGGAGUUCUCUAGAAUCACUGGUUCUGAUUGGCACAGAGGAGACACUUUCAGAAAGACUCACCAAAAGCACCACGCCGAUAGAUAGUGUCUUGGACCUUGUAAAUGAACUUCCAUCAUACACCAAUUCGAUAGAGAAGGAGUGCCCCAAGGUUCUGGUCUCAGACCAUCAGGAGUUGUCAUUUCAUUCCACCGGUGUGACAGAGGAAGAGUCAUCAAGCUUUUGCACUUUCCAGCCGUUGGACAAGAGUAAUUUGAGUGCAGAUAAAGUGGGGGCGAUUGCUGAUCAGGCUGGCAUGGAUAAUCUCAGUGAGUUGGCUUUUACUGCACCCCUGCUGGCCUCGUCACCGGCUGCUGGGACGACAUCCCUGGCAACUUUUACCUUUGAGCCACUCAGCAGCCCAGAGGGUCCAGUUAUUAUCCAGAAUCUUCGAAUCACCGGCACCAUCACUGCCAAAGAACACAGAGGCACAGGGUCGCAUCCCUACACUCUCUACACUGUAAAGUAUGAGACAGCUGUGGACACUGAGAAUCCAGGGACUUUGCAGCCGUUGGCCUAUCACACUGUUAACCGACGAUACAGUGAAUUCCUCAACCUUCAGACCCGUUUGGAGGAGAAACCUGAAUUACGCAAAAUUCUGAAAAAUGUGAAAGGACCAAAGAAAAUCUUUCCUGAGCUUCCAUUUGGAAACAUGGACAGUGACAAAGUCGAAGCCAGGAAAAGUCUUUUGGAAACAUUCCUUAGACAACUUUGUGCCAAUCCUGAAACAGCCAACAGUGAAGAAAUGCAAGAAUUUCUUGCUCUAAACACUGAUGCGAGAAUUGCCUUUGUCAAGAAACCUUUCAUCGUUUCACGCAUAGAUAAGAUUGUGGUGAACGCCAUAGUAGACACUCUGAAAACAGCCUUCCCUCGUUCAGAGCCACAGAGCCCUACUGAUGACAUAGAUGCAGAGCCUGAUGGGAAAUUCUCCAUGGACAAAAAAUCAAAGUCUAAAAUGAGAUUCUCUAGUAAAAUUGCACCUGCUCUUAAUGUGUCUGAAUUGAGACCCAAAGUGGUUUACUGCUUUGAUGAAAGCAGCACUGUUUUUAAUGGCUUCUCAUUGAACGGUUUAGAGAGCUUCAUCUCAGAGAUGGAGAUCUCUGAGUGUUUAGAGGGUAAAGCUCCAGGCUUUGAUGCUGAUGGAGACAGAAGCGGGGCACACGGACCUGAAUGGGACAUGAAACCCUGCACAUGUGCCAGAGCAAAGCAACAAAAUGCACCUAUUCUCAGUGACAUUGCUAGUGAGACAGCUCUGUCUGAUCUGGCCUUGAAAAUCCUGUGUCUGCUCAUGAAGAAUCAAUGGAGCUGGCUGUGCACAGAGAACAUUCAGAAGACCAUCAGACUGCUGUUUGGAACCUUCAUAGAAAGAUGGUUGGAGGUGGGUGGGGUGAACCUGACCUGUAUGCAGUAUUGGGUGAUUUAUCUGCGGGUACUGCAGGAGGCCAUCUGGCCCGGGGGGAAUCUGCCGGCUCAACCCCGGCCCCAACGCAGCCAGCAGCAGAAGGAGGAGACCAGAAAGCAGGCUUUGCAUUGCCUAAUAAAACUACUGCCAGGUCUAAUCUCUGAUUUACUUGGCUCUGAAAAGUACAUGAGAUCUUGGCAGAUGGUUGUGGAUUCUUUUCAGGACCCCACCAUAAACAGGCACCUUGUUUACUGCAUCUGGGACCUGCUUAUUGAAUUUCUCGUCCCAGAGGUGUCUGACGGGGACUUUCAGAAAACACUUCUGCACAGCCUGUCAAAAAAUGCUGAGAAGUUGCCACCAUAGGCAUGUUGGAGCAGACUGUAGAAAUAAACACAUGUGCACAUAAAAGUUUUACUUAUAAAAGAGUUUUAAAGAGUGGUCAACAAGCAGCGUGAGAUGAAAGUACAGGUAGAAACAUGUGAUCAACAAUUGUCAUGUUCCUGUGUUCAGACUGUGGAUUUGGAUCCAUGAUUGCUUGUAUCUGGCACCAAUUUAUUCUUCCUGGUUCUGGGACACAAACACACUGAAUACAUUCGGCCUAGUCUUGAUUAAUGGCCACCUGUUUUGUGUUUUAUCAAAACACAACUCCAAUCUCUAAAGACCUACAUGCCGGAUCUGAAUUACUUGCAAGUUCUCAAGCUUUUAUUCACCUUAUUCCCACUUCAGCUUUUGUUAAAGCUGAAGUGGGAAUAAGUGGUAAUAAGCUCUUACAGAUGGACUUGACAAUGGUGCAGAGUUCAAAAUCAUGACUGUAUAAUAUUCAGACUAAUUGGGUGAUUCUCAAAACAACUGCCAAGAUAAUGUACGGGUCAUAUUUAAAGGGAUAGUUUACCCAAACAUUAAAAUUCUCAUCAUUUGUAGCGACGUGUGUAUGUGUAUGACUUUCUUUCUUCAGCGGAACACAAACAAAGAUUUCUAGAAGAAUAUCUCAGCUCUGUAGGUCCUUACAAUGCAAGUGAAUGGUGACCAGACCUUUUGAAGCUCCAAAAAGCACAUAAAAGCAGCAUAGAGUAAUCCAUAAAACUCCAUAAAACGGAUCAUUAUUUCAAUAUUUUUUAUUAUAAAUCUCCACUUUCACUUUCAGAAUGUGAAAGUAAAUGUGUAGAUUUAUAGUAAAAAAAGGACUUAUAUAUUUAAAUACUUAAAACUAUUUUUCUCCCCCACACCUAUCAUAUCACUUUUGAAGACAUAGAUUAAACCACUGAAGUCGUAUGGAUGAAUUUUGCUGCCUUUAAGUGCUUUUUGGAGCUUAAAAGUGUGGUCAACAUUAAUUUGCAUUGCAUGGACCUAGAAAGCUGAAAUAUUCUCCAGAAGAAAGAAUGUCAUACUUACACAUCUGGGAUGGCAUGAGGGUGAGUAAAUUAUGAGAAAUUUUUAUUUGUUGGGUGAAUUAUCAUGCAAAACGACAUUAUUUUAAGGACACAUAAGCACAUUUAAGUUGUAUAAUGCUUCUGGACAUUUUACUUUCACUAUUACAUUAGAUUUACUGUCUUACAGCUUUUGCAGUAAUGAGAAUAUCAUUGUGUCUAUCUUUUUUGUAUAAUGAGAAGAAGGGGGGGUUAUGUUUGUGUGGAAUUGUCACAAAAAUAUUCUCAGAAAGUAAAAAAAUCAUAAUUGCCCUUAAAAUAGGCAUGGGGAUCACCCAAGUUUAUUUAUUUAAAUUACAUUACCUCCCUUUGCACAUUGAUAUACUUGAUAACUCAACUUUGAGUCUUGAGUCUGUCUUAUCUCUCCAGCCAUUCAUGGAGAGAAGCUUAUUUUUCCAUUAAAUAUUUUCAAUUUCCAUUAUAAAUAUCUUUGAAUAUUUAUUUCUGUUGGAGAUCAUGGAUAUCUUGUAGAUGAAUGGAUAUUUUGUCAUUCCUAUUUGAUUACUGUGCAUUUCCUUAUAACACUGUGAACAUUGUUGUCAUAUUCUUUUAUUGAAUUAUAUAUAUAUAUAAUUGAUCUUAAAUGGUAUGUUUGAUAAAGUUUAUUUCUUUUAGAUGUAUUGUAUAUAGAAAGGCAAAUUAAGUUCUAAUGCCAAAAGAUAAAAAAAUGACAUUGUUCGGAUUUAUGGUUUACACAUUGUGUUUAGGCCAUUGUCUUUUAAGAUAGAUGAGAUAGCGCAAUGAUAAUGUCUUGAUUGCCUUAAUGUGUGUACAUUUAAUUUAAAUCAGUUUAAAAAAAUAUAAUAACAGUUAAUUCACAUGUCUGUAAAGAAUAGUUAAAGCUACUGAAUCAGCCUUGUUCAUUCCACAUGAUUAUGUAUAAUGUGUAAGUGACUGUUCAAAUCUUAAAGUGUUACUGUCCAUUUUUUUGUUACUGUUGCCUGUGUUUUGCCAGAUGUUUUUGCAUCAAUGCUUUGUCUAACCACUAUUCUGCUUGCACAAACAACCCAAUAUCUGUGGUAAAAUAAUCCAUUAUUUUCUUUUCUUAUGUGAUCCACUUCUCGAUGCAUGUUGAAUUCAGAUUUUGCUCCUUGCGUGCUAUUGAUAUUGGUUUAGCAUGCAUUACAAUGAAUGGAUGGCUUUGUUACACUGUACUUGUGCUUUUAAUGUGCUGAAUGUUGCAAUAUUUUUCAUUUUAUAGUUUUUUCUUCUUCCUGGUGUGCAUGUAUUGUAGGCCUAAAGUUGUCUAGAUGUAUGUUACAUAAGAGUACAAAGCAAUUAAUAUUGUUAUUGACAAUUCAUUGGAGGUGCAUAUUACAGGUCACA